CUGGAGUUCCAGACUCCGGGAGAGAGGAGGAGGAGGAGGAGGAGGAGAAGCAGCAGAAGUAAAAGCAAAAAGUUGCUUGUGAGGGGCGGGUCUCUGCCCUGGAGUCGUCGCCGGGAGAGGGCGAGAGAGGAGCUGCCUCUGGGAGCCGCCGGGUGCGGGCGAUUCACUGGAAAGAGAAUGAAAUAAAUGUGGAGUCUUCUAAACUGGAAUAUAUUUUGUGAAUCACAGUUAAAACUAGAAGAUGGAUCAAAAUGAGAGAACAGGAGUAUAAUGCCUGUCAAGAACUUUCAAUUUUUGUGAUAUAUAUAAACUUGUGUUUUAAUACACCUUAUGAUUUAUAGUAAUACUUUAUCCCUGGAAGGAGAAGUCGGUUACCAUGCAACUUGCUUAAAAAGAACGUUCAUUCUAAUAACUUCCAACACGUUUUAAUCAUAAUUGGAUGCAUAACUUUUUGUUUAUUUUUAAAGUCAGAGAGUUGAAAUUUUUGUAUAGCUGUGUUUUAACUGAGAGACUGAUCCUCAUAGAUGGCUGAUAACUGCUAAUGGAAAAUGGACAUAAACCCAUGAACAAUUACCCAACUGCACAGAGCUGAAUACAAUGCCGUGACUUUAGAGCAAUUCUCUUAGGACCUUCUUCUUUGCCUUGCACCCAUCAUAUCCUUAAAUAUUUAAGUGUAAAUUCUGCAGUUACAAAGUGUAAAAAAUAAUGGCGUGGGUGAAAUUCUUAAGAAAACCUGGAGGUAACCUUGGAAAAGUUUAUCAGCCUGGAAGUAUACUGUCCCUGGCCCCAACUAAAGGCUUAUUAAAUGAACCGGGGCAAAACAGCUGCUUUCUUAAUAGUGCUGUUCAGGUAUUAUGGCAACUUGACAUAUUUCGACGAAGUUUAAGAGGUUUAACUGGACACGUGUGUCAGGGAGAUGCAUGCAUAUUUUGUGCUUUAAAGGCAAUAUUUUCGCAAUUUCAACACAGUCGAGAAAAAGCACUCCCGUCAGAUAAUAUGAGACAUGCCCUGGCAGAAAGUUUUAAGGAUGAGCAGCGUUUCCAGCUUGGAUUCAUGGAUGAUGCAGCAGAAUGCUUUGAAAAUAUCCUUGAGAGGAUUCAUUUUCACCUAGUGCCAAACAGUGAUACAGAUAUGUGCACCUCAAAAUCCUGUAUUUCCCAUCAGAAGUUUGCUAUGACACUGUAUGAACAGUGUGUAUGUCGCAGUUGUGGAGCAUCGUCAGACCCGUUGCCUUUUACGGAAUUUGUGCGUUAUAUUUCUACCACAGCCCUAUGUAAUGAAGUAGAAAGAAUGAUGGACCGGCAUGAACGCCUCAAGCCAGAAAUGUUUGCAGAAUUGCUGCAGGCAGCAAAUACUGCUGAUGACUACAGAAAGUGUCCUAGUAACUGUGGUCAAAAAAUAAAAAUUCGCCGUGUUCUUAUGAAUUGUCCCGAGAUAGUCACAAUUGGUUUAGUCUGGGAUUCAGAACACUCUGACCUGACAGAAGAGGUUAUGCGGAGUCUGGCAACACAGCUUUACCUUCCUGGGCUGUUUUAUAGGGUUACAGAUGAAAAUGCCAAAAAUAGUGAACUUUUUCUUGUGGGAAUGAUUUGCUACACAAGUCGACAUUACUGUGCCUUUGCCUUUCACACCAAGAGUUGCAAAUGGGUGCUGUUUGAUGAUGCUAAUGUAAAAGAGAUCGGAACAAAAUGGAAAGAUGUGGUCUCCAGGUGCAUUCGAUGUCACUUUCAGCCAUUGCUGCUAUUUUAUGCCAACCCAGAUGGCACAGCUGUAUCUCCAGAAGAUGCUCCAAAGCAGAUUAUUCACUGGUCUCAAUGCAAAGCAGCAGGAGGCAAUGUGGAAGACUUGGGAUUCGAAAAGAGUUCUGCUCCUAAAUCAGACCACAUAAGAGAGAAUGGAGUUGGAGACCUCGCUAAUCAGAGGACUAAUAAAAAACUUCAGCCAGAUAAUUCAGCAUUCAGUAGAAGCCAUAUUCGAGCUAGUGGUGGUAGAGGUCCAGCUAAGUUAGGUUACAGCGAUCAAAAAGACAGGCUAAAGGAUAUAUCCAGAGAGUGUGCUCAGAAAGCUGCUGAUACGAAAAGAUUCUCAUCCUUCCGAAAAGAUGCAGACAGAGGACCAAGAAAAGAGUCUGGGAGACAAAGAGAUAUAAUUGGGAAAGAUUGUUCCAAUGUUAAAUUGGGGUCUCCUCCAGUUGGAAAUAGACUUAGACACUGUGCUGAUCAGCGCAUAUACAGCAGCCAGGGAAGAGGCUCCAGUAAGCAUGACAAUGCACCUCAUCAAGCGAAGCUUUCUGCACAGGUGCUUGGAUCAAAUAAAACAGAAGCUUAUCCUGCUGGAGAGAAACCAAUGAUCAGGUCCAGGUCUGAUGUUGUCACUGACUAUGAUACAGACACCAGUCAAGAUUCCAGAGACAAAGGAAGCAUUAGCAGAAGCAGAAGUAAAGGUUGGAAACCUAUGAGAGAGAUGCUAAAUGUAGACAGCAUUUUCAAUGAAACUGAGAAAAAACAGCACAGCCCAAAGCACAAGGUAAAUCUGAACAGUAAAUCUAAGCAUGAAAAGGACCGAAGCUUUAACCACUGGCCAAAACAGAACCAAAUCCAGAAAGGUUUAAUGACUAUAUAUGAAGAUGAAACAAAGCAGGAUACAGGAAGUCGAAGUUCACUGGAUUCAGAGGGAAAAGGGAAUGCUGAAAAAAUCAAAGGAUUUACAGAGAGAAAAAUCCAUGGUGAUAACUGGCAAAUUCAGAGGACAGAAUCUGGGUAUGAAAGCAGCGAUCAUAUCAGCAAUGGAUCUGCAAAUCCAGACUCACCUGUUAUUGAAGGAAUUAAUCCUGCAGACGUCAAAAAUGUUAAAGAAAGUGCUUCCUGCAGUGAACAGAACUUGUCAACCAAAAAAGCUGACAAUGUGUUACAUUCAGUGUCCCAGCAAAACAGAAACAUUUACGACCUGCGGAAAGACCACAUCAGUUCAGAAGUUAACCACAGACCUCAUGUUAAUUUUCCAACAGGAUUACAUUUGCAGGCUCCCAGUCCUCCAGUAAAAAGAGCUGAAAUACCUGAAACCAAUAGGAAACUUUUCCCAUCAUCAGCUCUACAGCCAGUUGUUAAAGAAAUUCUUAAGUCAGAAAGUAAGAACAAGGCAAACGAAAAGAAUUCUUUGGAGUGGCUUAACCCAGACAAAUCUGAGAAAAUUAAUGUGUCUGUACAUAGUGCUGAUGGUGUGUCCCACCCCUGUGCAGAAAAUGUCUGCGGAAGGAAGCUGAUCAACAGUGACUUCCACUCCACUUCGCAGCCACAGUCUCACCAUGCAAGAACGUUUGAUCCCAAGGUGGGGUUGUUGCCUUGUGUGCCACAGAACCUGUUGGAAAGGCCCACGGUGCUUCCCCAUCCCAGUGAGCACACCAGUCACUCACUCCAAAGGGUGGAUGCUCUUUGGGUGCCUGAAGCAGUGUAUCAGAAUCUUCCUCCCCCUUUACCACCAAAGAAGUAUACUCUGAAUACUUUUUCAGGAUCAGAAAAUAAUUCAGCAGCUGAUAUAAUAUCAACAGAUGUGUUGCAAAAUAAUCUAAGGCAAACAGGUACACCUUUAAAAUCUGCAUCAGAAGCAAGGGUAUUUACAAAUGAACAAGGGCUUAAAGAGUCAUUUCAAGGGAAUGAACUGUUUGUUCAUAAACCACAGUCUCCACCUGGCUUACCAGUUAAUGAUUUUUGGACUGUGUCUGAAAACCUUUUAAAGAAAGGAUCAUGCCAUACAGGAUCAAGUGCUGGCUAUGUGGAUGGAAAUGACAGUGUAUCCCUAACAACUUAUUUCUCAGUAGAUAGUUGUAUGACUGACACAUACAGGAUGAAAUAUCAUCAGAGACCCAAGCUUUAUUUUCCAGAUAGUGGAAGCUUUCACAAAGAAAAGCAUCCUUCAUUGGCUGGAGUAGAAUUGAAUGUGCCAUACCAUGCUACUCUUGAGCCAAGGCAUACCACAGCUGAGCAAAGGUACAAGGCAAAUGUAGAAAGCAUACACUGCAGUAGGUAAAUCCUUCAAAGAAAAAAAUCUGGAUGAAACAUUUGCAUUUCAUAUAGUCUGUAAAUGGGCACAAACCUCAAUCCUGUGUGUGUGGUAACUAGGUACCUAGCUGACUGUACUUUGCUUAGGAAUUAUGACUGUUUAAAUGAAUAUGCAAUUAGUGGUGAAUAGAGGAGAAGAGGUGCUAAACUUCUAUUUCUUUGACUUGUCAUUCUAGUUGCCUUAAUGCUUACCUCUGUUACUCAGUUUGUCUACUACAGUUUAUAUUAAAAGUGGUCCCUUUGGGUGUAUGUAUCUCACAGCAGUAGGAUCAACCAGCUAUUACUAAUUUUCUAAGUUUUAAUUAGAUACAGUUUAAAAAGUGAUCCUUCAGACUAUGGUCAGUACGUACUUCAACUGAAAGAAGGGAUAAACACAUGCCAAUAUAUAAUACAGUAAGUGUAGUUUUAGUAGAAAAGUAUUUGCCCUGAUAUGUAGCAGGAGGUGACAUGGGUAUUUUAACUGACUUCUCCGAGAGUCUGUGCUUUAACAAACCUUCAAGUGUCUUUAAUACAAGUUUACCCAGAGAAUUUAUAAUAUUUUUUUAAAGCCUUAAGAAUUCUUUAAAAAUGGUUCUGGUUUGCAAGUGUUAUGUAAGAUUUUUUGAGGGAGUUCAAGUAAACUGCAGUAAUAGACUAUCCUAUUAAUAUACCUGCUCUAUGUUAGUGUAUAUUUUUAAACAGAUUUAUCAGAUUUGUUUACUCUGUAAGCUAUAUACCUUAACUUAUGUGGUUAAAUUUUAUAAGCUAAAGGCUGAUACAGCAGAAUAGGAUGCUGAUUUGAGAAUAGUUACCAUGCAACCAUGCAACCAUGCAAGAUUAGUUUUGUAAGGUGUUACAUACUACUUAUGUUCAGUUGUUUCAUUCUACAAUUGCAUGCAAAGUCAGUGCUGCUAUUUAUUUAACUUCAUACCUUUUGGCUUUACAUUUUGAUGAAUGUUUAAGAGUAAUCAGACAUCUGAUUUUACUUACAACAUUCUUUUCUCCUGAGAGCAGUCCUACACAUGUAUAAGUUCUGUAUGGGCAGAUCAGG